AUGCAACAGGUUUUCAGCAAAGUUAACACUAUAUUUGAGAAUGAGAAGGAGACACGAAAGAGAUUUUUGAGGAUAAGAACCUACAAGAUUGUUCCUCUUGGUCCUCAAGCUGGUGUUCUUGAAUUUGUUGCAAAUUCCAUCCCAUUGGCAGAUAUCUUGAAGAAAUAUCACGAGAAGGACAGCCUAGGCUUCAACGAUGCUCGCUCGAUGAUGAGAGACGUACAAGAUCAAAGCAUUAGGAAGAGGGUUUCGGUUUACUUGGAGAUUUGCAAGAAGAUACCUCCUGUCUUUAGGCAAUUCUUCAUUGAUACUUUCCUCGACAUUGAUGAUUGGUUCAGGUCUCGUGAGGUGUAUACGCGAGGGGUUGUGUCAACUUCGAUGGUUGGCCAUAUAAUGGGCAUUGGGGACCGUCAUUUGAACAAUAUUCUAAUUGAUAAGAAAACUGGUGAACCGAUUCAUAUCGAUUUUGGUGUCGCAUUUGAUCAGGGUAAACUACUGCCUGUUCCUGAACGUGUCCCCUUCAGACUCACAAGAGAUAUCGUCGAUGGUUUAGGAUGUACUGGUGUUGAAGGAAGUUUCCGUAAGAAGUCUGAACACGUCUUUCGUGUUCUGAGAAGUAACCACGACAAGUUGAUGGGCAUUUUGAACGUUUUACGAUACGAUCCUUUGUACUCAUGGGUGAUAUCUCCUAUUAGGAAGCAAAGGGUCCAAACCUGUAAUAGUUUUGAGGAAAUUAGCGGAAACGAUGAUUCUGAUGUUGCAGUUAGAACCCUGAGAACAGUUCAGGAUAAGUUAAACGCUGGUGGGCUGAGUGUUGAAGCAUCUGUUCAGGAGUUGAUUGCACAAGCGACUGAUAUUGAGAAUCUUGCAGUUAUCUAUAUGGGAUGGACCCCAUUUUAUUGA